UCACCACCGUACCUUAUUCAUUAUAUCCAACACCAAAUUUUCUAUCAAAAUCAUGGCGGAGCAAGAUCAGGCACGGCCACUAGCUCCGUCGGCGGACCGGACAAGUAGCGACGACGAAGAAGCUGCGAUCCAUUUGAAGAAAAUUCGUCGUAGAAGAUGUAUCAAGUGUUGUGGGUGCAUCACAGUUACAUUAUUAAUCCAAGCUAUAGCGAUUGUGACAUUAAUUUUCACUGUUUUCAAAGUUAAAGAUCCAACCAUCAGAUUGAAUAACGUGAUCAUCACGCAUAUGGAGCUAGUUAACAACACAAUCCCUAAACCAGGCACAAACAUAUCCUUAAUUGCUGAUGUCUCCGUGAAAAAUCCGAACGUAGCGUCGUUCAAGUACGAUAAUACCACAUCGACUCUAUACUACCGUGGGAUCAUUGUCGGAGAGGCACGAGGGCCCCCGGGGCAUUCGAAGGCGCGACGGACCAUGCGGAUGAAUGCUACGGUAGAUUUGGUCACAGAUAAAUUGAUUUCGAACCCGAAUUUGGCUAGUGAUGCGGGCUCUGGACUGUUAACGAUAGAUGCAUUCACAAAACUACCGGGGAGGGUGAAAAUUUGGUUUGUGAAGAAGCACGUGACGGUAAAAAUGAAUUGUAGUAUGACGGUUAAUAUUACAAGCCAAGCAAUUCAUUCCCAGAAGUGCAAGAAUGACGUGGACCUCUAGGCAGAGUAAAUUUUUUUAUAUUCAUGUAUAUGUAGAAUUAUAUGGUUGUUAGUUAUAUUUAUUCUGUUUUAUUUGUUUUUUUUACUUUUGGUUAUAUGAUUUCUAUAUUGUAUUUGAAUUAA